CCUUUCCUUCGUUGCUAACCUUCUCUCUUAUAUCUAGGGAACUUCGAAAUGCCUGAACAAAGACAGCGCAGGGAUGAGCCGGAGUCCAGCUCUGGCUUCAAGGGCGCUCUCCAGGGUCUAGGCUUCUUCUUGUUAACGCAGUUUAUUUUCAGUCAAUUCUUCGGCGGACGUCAGCAAAACGCUGGUUCCAGCGUGCAGCCUGGUGGAAUACCUACUUUCGCAGAUCGUCCAGCUCGUAGCGAGAUCGCAGAGUACAGCGCUAUCCCCGAUGGUAUUAGUCCGAUAUGGCCGUCCGACAGCGCCUUAGACCUGAAUAUCUACGUUUCACCCUCAGCCGUACUUCCUACUUCCAAGUCUGCCCCGGCAAGCCAACUUGUCCUAAAUGAAAAGAACUUUACUCUUGGGAACUAUAGCGAUACCAGGGAAACAGACACAACCAUCAAGGUCCCUAAGGAGGUACAACAGAACGGCACACUUUUCGCGCAUUUUAUGCUCGGACUGUCUGGACACCAACUCGACCCCUCGGCCAAAGAUUACAGCUCAGACACCGCGGUCUAUUUCUUCCGCCCGCUUAACCAGUAUCUUCCGAAGAAGAAGACCAAAAAGCUCAAGAAUCUCCUUGCUGGCUCAGAGGAAUCUGGAGAGGAGGAGGAAGACAACACGCCGGAUGUGUCUGUCACGUCCUAUUAUCACCCGAACUUCACGGUAUCAUUGAUUCCUGAUUCAGGCACUCAGAAAUUCCGCCAGAUCCACCCGGCUGUCCGGCAGCAUGUGCAGCUGGAGACAACCGGCGCAAGAGACCUCUCUGGACAGAAUGGAUGGUACUAUCCCAUUGUUUACCUGAAUACUUUCUGGCAACUUAAGAGCCAUAUGAUGGAACUUAAUUCUACCGUAGAGACCGUGCCCCUUCGAAUUACUCUGAACAACUUGCAGAAUUGGAAGUUCAGCAUGAUGACGAGUGUUGAUGAGAGCGCAAAACAAACGGCUCGACAGGCUGCCUUUGGAGCUUCGACGCCGGGUGGUGGUGACGGUACUGAGUUUGAGAUGGUGAAAGGGAUCCUCUUGGAUACGAACAUCUGGCUACUGGGCACGACUGGCGUUGUGACUAUUCUUCACAUGGUCUUCGAAACUCUGGCCUUCAAGAACGACAUUUCUCACUGGCGCAAGAAGAAAGACGUCGUUGGCACGUCAGUUCGUACCAUCUUGGCCAACGUCUUCAUGCAGACAGUUGUUUUCCUUUACCUUAUGGAUAACAGUGAUAACACUUCCUGGAUGAUUCUUGCCAGCCAGGGCUUUGGGAUUCUUCUGGAAGCCUGGAAAAUCACGAAGACUGUUGAUGUCCGUCUGCGCCAACCAGCACCAAACUCUUUCUUCUCCUUCCUGCCUUACGUGGUAGUGUUUGAAGACAAACACAAGCUCACCGAGACCGAGCAAAAGACCAAGGAAUACGACGAGAUUGCAUUCCGCUAUCUCUAUAUCGUCGCAGUGCCUCUGCUAGCUGCAUACGCAGCGUACAGCUUGGUCUAUAACACUCACAAGUCAUGGUACUCCUACAUCAUUGAGACACUUGUCGGUAGUGUUUACGCCUACGGUUUCCUCAUGAUGGUUCCAAGUUUAUAUAUCAACUACCGCUUGAAGUCCGUUGCGCAUAUGCCCGGCAAGGCGCUGAUGUACAAGUUCCUGAACACCUUUAUUGAUGAUCUUUUCGCGUUCACGGUCAAGAUGCCAUGGCUUCACAGGCUUGCGACUCUGCGUGAUGAUGUUAUUUUCUUCGUUUGGCUUUACCAGAGCUGGAAGUACCGGGUUGACUACACACGUGUCAACGAAUUUGGUCAGGGAGGCGAUAGUGAUAAUGAGGGUGAGUCUACAGCUGUCGAGGCUAAGGAAGCCAAAGAGAAGGUCGAACCAGCGGCAUCGUCCCAAGCAUCUGGAAAAGAAACCUCCAAAUCGUCUACUCGAAAGAGGAAGUAAGCUAAACCUUGGUUUCGGAUCCGCAUAUACUUUGGUUUUGAGGACGUGUUCGUGGAGGUAUUCCUAUUUACUAGUAGUUGCUCCGUCGGAGAUGUUUGGUGAGAAGCAGAAUGAUCAUUUGACGGUUUGUUCUCGAGGCAUAUCAAGACCGGCGUCUCAUUAAAUAUACAACAUUUAAGUAUCCGUCUACUUCACCAAUCCAAUAUAAGUGCUGUCAAGUGUA